UGCCAACAUCAAAGUGGCAGAAUGAAACUACUUUCAAGGAUAUUGAUAUUGACCUGUUUUUCUAUGGCCCUCACAAGACAAGUUGACAAAAGCGACUCAAAAUCCAGAUUCAACCAAUAUCAGACAUGGAAUGCAAAACUGUACCCGGUGUGGAAAGAUGGAGACCUGAGCCAUAAAAACAGCUGGACAGGUGGAGAGCUAAAGUUUGAUGUGGGCAAUGAUGCGCCCACCUUGACCAGUGCCAAAACCACCUUCACAAUUGAUAUUGUAUUCCCUCACAACCAGAUAGUCCUGCCCGAAGGUCAAGUUGUUUGGGCCAAAAACUGCACAAUCAAUGGCACACAAUUUCAUGAAGGACAGCCUGUCUAUCCUGAGGAGAACUCUGCAGAUGCGUGGAACACCGUUUUCCCCAAUGCUCCUCCCCUUCAUAAACAGGAGGAUAAGAAACCACCCUAUGUCUUUGUAUGGAAAACCUGGGGGAAAUACUGGCAGGUGUGUGAUGGCCCGUCCUCUUCACUUACCAUCAGCACUGAUGGUGUUCCUCUUGGUUCUUACAUGAUGGAUGUUGUCAUCUAUCACUACAGGAAGAGGGAAAAAUUCAUCCCUAUUGGAUAUGCCUCCACACAGUUCAGCAUCACUGACCAGAUUCCCUUCGCAGUUUCCCUGUCGCAGGUAAACGACAAAGAUGAAGGAGAUCAAAAAUUCAUUCAGAACAGAGCUGUGGCCUUUAUUAUCACCCUUCACGACCCUAGCCAAUACCUGAGCAAAUCAGAUGUGACCUAUAACUGGAACUUUGGGGAUGGCAGCGGCACCGUAAUCUCCAGGGAACUCACCGUCACCCACACUUACAUUGUUUCUGGUGCCUUCAAGCCCCAAGUAGUCAUUCAAGCAGUCAUUCCUGAUCCAUCAUGUGCUACUCCACCAAACACUCCAACUGAAGCAAAUCCUACAACUAAUGCCUUCAUAUCCGAGAACCACAUCCAUUCUAACUGGGACAUCACAACAGAUCGUACAACCAAGCACUCUUCAGAUCCCAUUGAUUUAGGCUUAGUUCAGAGGACAGAAUUUACUCUUCCGACAACAUCCAGCCAGGAAGAGCAGCCUUUUGGCCUUAGAACAUCCAUAAAAAUCCCUGCGUCUAAUGUUGCAAUUGAGGUAUCAAAACCAUUGACUACUGUGACAAAGACCAUUCUAAAGGCAACAAAUGCAACAGACUCAAGGAUGAUGUUGAAAAAAGACACCGUUCAAGACCAGGCCCAUGUAGGAAUAAUAAAGCGCCAUGCACCAGAGACAGACCACUGUGUCAUAUACCGUUAUGGCUCCUUCUCAACUGAGAUUGAAGUUAUUGAGGGUAUUGAGAGUGUGCAGAUUGUCCGGGUGGCUGUAGCUGAUGGUUUUAUGCUGUCUGAGAUGGAGCAGAAUGCUGUUGAUUUCACCAUAAAGUGCCAAGGAAGCCUUCCCAGUGAGGUGUGCACUGUGGUGUCAGAUGCAGACUGCCAUGUGCCAGUAAGGACCAUCUGUAAUGCUGUGAGCCCCUCCACAGAGUGUCAACUCAUCCUUCGACACUUCUUUAAUGAUUCUGGGAUCUACUGUAUCAAUGUGUCCAUGACUAAUGACGACAGUCUGGCUGUCACAAAUGCCAGGGUUGAUAUUAACAUAGGUUCCAGAUUUACAUCUGCAGGUGCCAUUGUUAUGGUAUUGGGCAUCCUGACUGUCGCAUCAGUUAUGGGUUCUGUGGCCUUUGCAUAUAAGCGUCUCAAAGGGUAUCAAAAGCUGACUGACUUUCCUGCUGCAUGUCAGUCUGAUGGUGCUGGCGUGAGCUCAAUAGCAGCUCUCUUCUGGAGUCUGAUGAAUCAGCGAGCACCAAGCCAGAAACGAGGAGUUGUGUGAAUUUUACAAAGUGGUGUAAAGUGCAGUUAAACAAAAAUUUCAAAUAAAUGUUAUGUUAGCACUAUUUUACAUGUAUAGCGUAAGUGCAGCAAAGAUGCAUUUAAGCUGUGUUUUACAUUUUUAUUUUUACUAUUGAAGUCAAUAUUUUAAUUAGGAUUUUGUAGUCUUUUUAUACUCACAUUUGACCCCGAAGUCCUUUUUCUAAAAAACAAAAUUCUGCAUUUUCCUUAAAUACUUUUCAUACUUUUUAAAAUUGAUUUUAAAGAAACCAGACAUUAAUUUGGGUCAACAUGAUGUACAGUGUUGUAAUGUAGGAUGGACCCAAAAUGAAAUAAAAGACAGGAUGA